AUGUCCACCUACUUGGCUCCGUACGGCUCCAGCCUCCCUCACAGCUAUCUGCGAUCCCAGACUGGCCAGGCUGACUCAGCUCCUGGAUCCAGUAGUCUGGAAGGGCACUCAUUCGCCAACCUGUCGAACCCCACAGCAUCCAGCAUCAUCGGUGGUGACCUGGGCGUCAGCAAUCCGGAAUACCUGAUUCGACCAGCGCUGCUUCCCAAUCAUUUUCCCCCCCAUCAACCUGACGCCCUGGAUGCGAAGAAAGCCUCCGAGGGACCGGCCGUGUCGCGGGCACAGGCCCCACCAUGUUCUACCACCAUUUCGCCAAUCGACAUCUGA